AUGCUUCACCUUCAGCCGUGCGAGGCCACAGUCUUUGGUAAAGUGUCGGGAUUAGAGCUUGCGUCACACGUGGCUCUGCACGGCCCUGGACCUCCUGUCUUUGGGCAUGUCCCACCUGCUCUGAGGCAGUGUGAGAAACAGAUGCAGCCGGAUCCUCUCGACGUGGAGGAGACAUGUCGAGAGGAGCAGGCAGCCUAUAGCCGCGACUCCGUGUGGAUUGCUCGGUUCGGGGCCCCUCCCACCUCAGUGGUGCCGUGGACAGGUGUCCGCGGUCCCUCAGGUGCCGUGAGCAAAAACAAAAGAGCAGAAGUUGAGGAGAAAGGAGCCUCACACAGAGACAGAGGAGAGUGCGGCACCAAAGGAAUCAAACUACAGACCUUUCUGCUUCUCUCAUCUCUGAGUAAAGUGAUGGCGGCUGUGAGCUCUUCUCUCUGUGAAGAGCAGUUUCUCUGCUCCAUCUGUCUGGAGGUCUUCACUGAUCCAGUCACAACACCGUGUGGACACAGCUUCUGCAGCAUCUGUAUCAACAAACAAUGGGACACCAGUGUCCACUGCAGCUGUCCAGUCUGUAAACAGGUCUUCAGCCCAAGACCACAGCUGAAAGUCAGUACUUUUAUGUUAGAGAUGAUCUCUCUGUUCGGAAAUACGCCCCAUGAUGAUGACAAGCUGUUAGAUGUUCUGUCCACUGCUCCAGGAGAGGUCUAUGACCUGUCCACUGCUCCAGGAGAGGUGGACUGUGACCUCUGUCUGGAGCCCAAGCUCAGAGCCCUGAAGUCCUGCCUGCUGUGUCUGACGUCGUACUGUUGGAGCCACCUGCAGCCACACCUCACAAACCCCCGUUUGAAGAGGCACCAGCUGAUCCACCCUCUGCCCAACCUGGAGGAGCACAUCUGCCCUGAGCACCAUCGGCCCCUGGAGCUCUUCUGUAGGGACCACUCACACUUCAUGUGCCUGCAGUGCAGUUAUACAGAGGAUACAAAGCAUCAUACUGUCUUAUUGAAGGAGCAGGGAGAGGAGCAGCAGGCCACACUGAAGAAACAGAUCAAAGAAAGACGUGUGAAAGUCCAGGAGAUCCAGCGCUCAGUGGAGCAGAGUCAGAGAAAGGCAGACGCAGAAAUACAAGAAGGUCUCAGAGUCUUCACCGCUUUGAUGGAGUGUGUUCAACAAAGUGCAGACAGCUUCAAACAGAGCAUUGUAGAAAAGCAUCAGAAGGUGGAGGAGGAGGCGUCUCAGCUGAUAGAGCAGAUCCAGACAGAGAUCUCUGAGCUGGAGCAGAGAGGAGCUGAGAUGGAGCAGCUGUGGACCUCUGGAGACCACCUGUCCUUUGUCCAAACCUUCAUUACAGUCAAACCUGCUCCACAGCUCAGAGACUGGAGCCAGAAGACUGUCAGGACCCCGUCAUACAAGGGGACAGGGGCCCAAGCUGUGUCUGAACUGAGGAACAAACUGAACACAGAGAUGGAGACGUUCUUUAAAGCAGAGUUAGAGAAAGUUCAAGAGUUUGCAGCUGAGGUGUCUCUAGAUCCAGACACUGCAAAUCCAUACUUAGUUCUGUCUAAAGAUCUAAAACAGGUUCAUCAUGGUGACCAAAGACAGAAUAUCCCAGACAACCCUGAGAGAUUCGAAUAUUAUUUGUGUGUUUUCGGGAAACAGAAGUUCUCAUCAGGAAAGUUUUAUUUUGAGGUUCAGGUCAAGGAAAAGACAGGCUGGAAAGUAGGAGUGGCCAAAGAGUCAGUGGAUCGAAAAGAUAAAGACACUCAAACUGUGCCGAAAGGAUACUGGUUUCUCAACAUGUACGAUGGUCGUUACCAAACAUCAGACGAUCCUCCUGUAUUUCUCUCCCUUCAGUCGUGUCCAGAGAAGUUGGGAGUGUUUGUGGAUUAUGUUGAAGGCCUAUCCACCACCUCUCUCUCCGUUGGCUCUGAGGUCGUGGAGAGGGUCAGCCAUGGUAUUUUCCUGGGUGUGACCGAGAAGGAGUGGUGUCCUGAAACAGCAGAAGAGAAAAGCUUUACAGCCAAUAUAACGGCAGAAGUUGAGGAGAAAGGAGACUCACACAGAGACAGAGGAGAGUGCGGCACCAAAGGAAUCAAACUACAGACCUUUCUGCUUCUCUCAUCUCUGAGUAAAGUGAUGGCGGCUGUGAGCUCUUCUCUCUGUGAGGAGCAGUUUCUCUGCUCCAUCUGUCUGGAGGUCUUCACUGAUCCAGUCACAACACCGUGUGGACACAGCUUCUGCAGAAUAUGCAUCAACAAACACUGGGACAACAUCGUCCACUGCAGCUGUCCAGUCUGUAAGCAGGACUUCAGCCCAAGACCACAGAUGAAAGUCAGUACUUUAUUGUUAGAGAUGAUCUCUCUGCUCAGAAAUAAGCCUCAAGAUGAAGACAAGCUGUUAGAGGCUCCAUCCACUGCUCCAGGAGAGGUCUGUGACCUGUCCACUGCUCCAGGAGAGGUCUGUGACCUGUACACUGCUCCAGGAGAGGUCUGUGACCUGUCCACUGCUCCAGGAGAGGUGGACUGUGACCUCUGUCUGGAGCCCAAGCUCAGAGCCCUGAAGUCCUGCCUGAUGUGUCUGACGUCGUACUGUGAGAGCCACCUGCAGCCACACCUCACAAACCCCCGUCUGAAGAGGCACCAGCUGAUCCACCCUCUGCCCAACCUGGAGGAGCACAUCUGCCCUGAGCACCAUCGGCCCCUGGAGCUCUUCUGUAGGGACCACUCACACUUCAUGUGCCUGCAGUGCAGUUAUACAGAGGAUACAAAGCAUCAUACUGUCUUAUUGAAGGAGCAGGGAGAGGAGCAGCAGGCCACACUGAAGAAACAGAUCAAAGACAGACGUGUGAAAGUCCAGGAGAUCCAGCGCUCAGUGGAGCAGAGUCAGAGAAAGGCAGACACAGAAAUACAAGAAGGUCUCAGAGUCUUCACCGCUUUGAUGGAAUGUGUUCAACAAAGUGCAGACAGCUUCAAACAGAGCAUUGUAGAAAAGCAUCAGAAGGUGGAGGAGGAGGCGUCUCAGCUGAUAGAGCAGAUCCAGACAGAGAUCUCUGAGCUGGAGCAGAGAGGAGCUGAGAUGGAGCAGCUGUGGACCUCUGGAGACCACCUGUCCUUUGUCCAAACCUUCACUACAGUCAAACCUGCUCCACAGCUCAGAGACUGGAACCAGAAGACUGUCAGGACCCCGUCGUACAAGGGGACAGGGGCCCAAGCUGUGUCUGAGCUGAGGAACAAACUGAACACAGAGAUGGAGACGUUCUUUAAAGCAGAGUUAGAGAAAGUUCAAGAGUUUGCAGCUGAGGUGUCUCUAGAUCCAGACACUGCAAAUUCAUACUUAGUUCUGUCUAAAGAUCUCAAACAGGUUCAUGACGAUGACCAAGCACAGAAUCUCCUAGACAACCCUGAGAGAUUCACGUUUCAUUUGUGUGUUUUAGGGAAACAGAAGUUCUCAUCAGGAAAGUUUUAUUUUGAGGUUCAGGUCAAAGGAAAGACAGACUGGGAAGUAGGAGUGGCCAAAGAGUCAGUGGAUCGAGACGAUGAAGACUCUCCAACUGUACAGAAAGGAUACUGGACACUCUCCAUGUACGAUGGUGAUUACAUAACAUCAGACGAUCCUCCUGUAGAUUUCUCUGUUCAGUCAUGUCCAGAGAAGUUGGGAGUGUUUGUGGAUUAUGAUGAAGGUCUGGUCUCCUUCUAUGAUGUGGAUAAAAAGUCUCUUCUUUGCUCUUACACUGACUGUGACUUCACUGACAACAUUCUGCCGAUGUUUAGUCCAUGCGACAAUGAAGAUGGUAUAAACUCUGCUCCUCUGGUCCUGACGCCUGUUGGAAGCCUAUCCACCACCUCUCUCUCCGUUGGCUCUGAGGUCGUGGAGAGGGUCAGCCAUGGUAUUUUCCUGGGUGUGACCGAGAAGGAGUGGUGUCCUGAAACAGCAGAAGAUGUUGGCCAGAAUCAUGACUUUGUGAAGUGUGGUCAAGUUAGAAAGAGGGGUAAACGCAGAGGCAUAAAGCGGCGAACAAGGAAGCUGCAGAGCAAGAACCGCAUUCCCCUGCCUUCAAUUGUCAUGGCCAACAGCAAAAACAAAAGAGCAGAAGUUGAGGAGAAAGGAGCCUCACACAGAGACAGAGGAGAGUGCGGCACCAAAGGAAUCAAACUACAGACCUUUCUGCUUCUCUCAUCUCUGAGUAAAGUGAUGGCGGCUGUGAGCUCUUCUCUCUGUGAGGAGCAGUUUCUCUGCUCCAUCUGUCUGGAGGAGCAGGGAGAGGAGCAGCAGGCCACACUGAAGAAACAGAUCAAAGACAGACGUGUGAAAGUCCAGGAGAUCCAGCGCUCAGUGGAGCAGAGUCAGAAAAAGGCAGAUGCAGAAAUACAAGAAGGUCUCAGAGUCUUCACCGCUUUGAUGGAGUGUGUUCAACAAAGUGCAGACAGCUUCAAACAGAGCAUUGUAGAAAAGCAUCAGAAGGUGGAGGAGGAGGCGUCUCAGCUGAUAGAGCAGAUCCAGACAGAGAUCUCUGAGCUGGAGCAGAGAGGAGCUGAGAUGGAGCAGCUGUGGACCUCUGGAGACCACCUGUCCUUUGUCCAAACCUUCACUACAGUCAAACCUGCUCAGAGACUGGAGCCAGAAGACUGUCAGGACCCCGUUGUACAAGGAGACAGGGGCCCAAGCUGUGUCUGA